GUAACGAGAUGAGUACGAGAGCCGCGACUUAUGAAUUAUAUCGACAUGGCGGAUUGCAGUGAAAAUUCUACAACUCAAUGUUCUUCAGAUUAUAGUGAAGAUAAACAAAAGGGAAUAUGUAGAAUAAAACCUGAAUUCAUUGUUACUGACCAUGUAAGACAGUUGACAGAAGAAUGUUUGACACAAGAUGACAAAUGCAAAGUUUUGGAUCAAACUAAAGAUCCGAAAGAAGUUAACAACUCAGAUGAGCCACCGGUAAAAAAGAAAAAAUAUGAAGAUAAAAAGGAUAAAUUAAGAGGUCAGAACAAAGCUCGCCCGCCACCUUUCAAAGCUCCAAGGGAAGAAAAUUUAUGCCCCUGGGUUGUGGAUCAAGCAAAAGAGGAACCAGAAAAAAAGUGCCAAAACCCUCGUUGUACAUUCAUGCACGACAGAGCUGCAUAUUUGAAGAUAAAAGCAGAGGAUGUCGGACCUGAAUGUUGUCUUUUCAAUUUGUCAGGCAGAUGUCCGAGAGGGGUGGCCUGCAGGGUAGGUAAAAAACAUUUGACCGAAGAUGGCUACAAUAUUGUAGACAAGGAAAAACACAUGGAAUAUGAGAAGAAGCCUGCAUCAACGAAAAAUCAAAUUUCAAAGGAAUUACAAAACAGGCUGCGCAAACACAAAUACAAUUUUACCAGAGCUGAAAAAAUCGUGAAAGCAAAUGAUUUGUCUAAGAAAAAAACUCAAAUGACAAAUCAAAAGGAAUCGAUCACUGGAAAUGGGGAUAAUCAAACAGAGAGUGAACUGAUCGCUAAAGAUGGAACUUCAAAUGCCUCCGUUCAACCAGUUGCAAAAAUCAAUGAUUUUAUCCCAAGCAACGAAAGUAGUAUUAACAGAGAAACAUUGAAUGAUAUUCCAAGUGUUGAGAGGACGAAAAACGGUGUUCCAAGCCAUCAAGAUAGUACAAAAACUGAAUUACCGGUUGUAUCGAAUGCUGAAAAGGAGGCGAGGAUAGGUUCAGUGCCCGAUCACGAUUUGAUUCGUUUGCGGUCCUGUGAAAAAAAAAAGAUUGAGUGGAGAGACAAAAUCUUGUUGAGUCCCUUGACAACAGUUGGGAAUCUUCCGUUUCGAAGAAUUUGCAAAGAGUAUGGAGCUGAUAUAACGUGUGGAGAAAUGGCUCUCGCACCAAAAAUUCUUAAAGGAGCCCACGAAGAGUGGGCUCUUGUAAAAAGACACGAAUCCGAAGAUAUCUUUGGUGUUCAAGUUUGCGGUAAUAAUCCCGGAGUUUUGGCACGGUGCGCGCAGCUUCUGAAUGACGAAGCUGACGUUAAUUACAUUGAUCUUAAUCUCGGAUGUCCUAUCGAUUUGAUUUAUCGCCAAGGCGGGGGUAGCGGAAUGCUCAAUCGUUUAAACAUACUCGAAAAUGUUGUUAAAUCGAUGAGCGAAGUUAUCGACAUACCUCUUACAAUAAAAACACGCAUGGGCGUUUAUAUGGACAAACCUGUCGCCCAUAACUUAGUCUCGAAAUUCCGAGAUUGGGGAGCUUCCAUGAUAACCGUACACGGUCGAUCUCGCGAGCAAAGGUAUACAAAAUCUGCAGACUGGGAAUACAUCGAAAAAUGUGCGACAGCAGCGAGCCCGAUACCGGUAUUUGGAAACGGUGAUAUCCUGUCAUACGAUGAUUACGCGAAUCUUAGAAACACAUACAAAACGAUUCAGGGUGUAACAAUUGGACGUGGUGCUCUGAUAAAACCAUGGCUGUUCACUGAAAUCAAAGAGAAUAAACUUAUGGAUGUAAGAAGUAAUGAGCGAUUCGAUAUAUUAAAAAAAUAUGUCAACUACGGUCUCGAGCACUGGGGCUCUGAUACACGCGGUGUCGAAACUACUCGACGGUUUAUGCUCGAAUGGAUAUCUUUUUUACAUCGGUACAUACCUGUUGGAAUUCUAGAAAAUCCACCUCAAAAGAUUAAUGAAAGACCACCGUAUUACGUUGGCCGUGAUGACAUGGAAACGUUAAUGGCCAGUUCCAAUUGUGCUGAUUGGAUUAAAAUAUCUGAAAUGUUACUCGGCAAAGUUCCAGACGGUUUUCACUUUUUGCCGAAGCACAAAGCAAACUCCUGGAAAUAAUACGCUGAGUCUCAAGCGUAGUUCACUCUAUUCAUCUAUUUUUUUACAAAUGCAAAAGACAAUGUCUUUCAACAAGAUUCAAGAGGUUUAAUAAAGAUACGUUACGAAUAA